AUGGAAUCCAUACCGAUAAACCCAGCCAUCACGCCACAGCAGGCCUCGGAGCCUAUCCUGCCUACACAAGCAGUCUACGAUAGCCUUGCUGGCUUCGUCAUGAGCAACGGCGCCGCUAAAAAGCUUGGCUACAUCCGAUCUCAACUCUCGCCCCAAGACAUCGACGCCAAGUGGCGAUGCUGGAGAUGCACAAAAUCUCUUCCCACGCGCUACUGGAACCCCGAACGCCGCGAAGCACGCCUCAAAGGUGGGCCGCGCCGAAGCAAAGAGAAGAACGAGCUCAUCACAACACAGCAACCUGCCAAGCCAGAUCACAGAGACAAAGAUAAAGACCAAACGUGCUCGUUCCAUUCAGGGCGGAUAGUGAACCGCACAUGGACAUGCUGCAAGGGCAACCACUUUGCCAAACCCUGCUCAUUAGCAACUCACCACGAAGCACGCCGCUACGCGCCCGGCGAAUUUGAGCACAACUGGCUCUACUACACAACCCCUCCCCGAGAUGCUGCCACUAACAAGCGCGCAGCCAUCGUGCUGGACUGCGAAAUGGGUACCGCCUUCACCGGUGAAUCCGAGCUCAUCCGCCUGACUGUCAUCGAUUUCUUUACACGCGAGACCCUGCUCGACAGCCUUGUCUUCCCUAGCGUCCCCAUGGCACACUACAACACACGCUUCUCUGGCGUGACGUACAAGGCCAUGGACAACGCACGACGCAACCGCACUUGUCUGUUUGGUCGGGACGCUGCGCGUCAAGCCGUAUGGGCCUUUGUUGAUGCAGACACAUUUGUUGUUGCGCACGGCGGUAAUGGCGAUAUGACGUCCUUGCGCUGGAUACACACCCGCAUGAUGGACACGCUGGAUAUUGAGACGAGGUUAUGGAAAAAAGCCAAGGCAGCGCAGGAGGCUGCCCAGGAAAGGCUGGAUGAGGAGAUGGAGCAGCUGCAUAUACAAGAGACGCAACGGCGGGCAGAGGUCGCCGAACAGACUGGUGUGCCGGCAGAGCCAGUGGUGACGUUUCAUAAUGCCGAACGCCCGGAAAUCAAGCUCGAGCAUCCGGGACUCUCGCUGAAGACGCUGGCCAAGGCCCGUCUCGACAGGACUAUUCAGAAUACCAAGACGGGCCAUGAUAGUCUCGAAGAUGCGCUUGCCACGAGAGAUGUACUGGCGUGGCAUGUCCUCUCCGACCUGCCACAGAAACCCGAAUGA